UAUUCGUAUAACCUUAAAUUCGGCAAAACACAACCAUUUGGGAACAUCUGAAAUGUUUUCUACUCGAUAAUUAAAAAUAUCGGAACUGUACGUGGGGAGGUUGGACUACGGAAACCUUAUCUUCUAAGACCUUACCGCAUUCUAAGGAAUUAUUAUCUUUGAAUGAACACUAAUUUUUAUAUGUACAUAAUCCUAUUUUGUUUAAAAGUUGUCCUAAAGUAUUCCUAUCAUAGAUCAAAACUACAAUUCCAAGAAAAUGAAGAUAUUUUAAUUUUUUAAAAGCUUCAUUUGUAAAUAAUUUCAAAAUUGUACUAAGGACUGUUAUGUUAUCAUGGAACAAAAGCUAUUGGACUUCGAUUGGAAAUUAAAGGUAAAUGGGAUUAUAAUUUUUCUUGGGAGUAAUUAUUAUUGUAAAUUGUUAUAAAAUGCAAUUAUUAUCGUCACGUUCUGUUGUAGUAUUCUCAAAAUUAGCCGUACAUUCCUAUAAUUUUACUUUAAAAAAUACUAUUUUCAAAGGAGUUCCUGCAUUCAGACCAAAACCUAAAAUCAUGAAAUUGGAAAAGUCACAAUUUGGAUUUAUUUUUUCGCUUGAGCUUACUCAAUUAUUAAAAGUUUUUGAUAAGUAUAAGUUUGAAAUUAGGCUGUGUGGCGGGGCAGUUCGAGAUAUUCUUCUUGGGAAAACUCCAACAGAUUUAGAUUUUGCUACUGUUGCUACUCCUUAUGAGAUGGUAGAAAUGUUAGAAAAAGAAGAAAUAAGACUUAUCAAUAAGGGUGGAUUAAAACAUGGUACGGUUACAUCCCAUAUUAAUGGUCUUAACUUUGAAGUAACUACUCUUAGAAUAGAUGUUAUAACUGAUGGUAGGCAUGCUGAUGUUAAAUUUACUAAAGAUUGGUUAUUAGAUGCUGAACGUAGAGAUCUAACUGUCAAUUCUAUGUUUUUGGGAAUGGAUGGAACCCUCUAUGAUUAUUUUAAUGGAUAUGAAGAUUUGCAAAAACGUCAUAUUAGAUUUGUUGGCGAUUGUAGAAAAAGAAUAUCAGAAGAUUAUCUAAGAAUUUUACGGUAUUUUAGAUUUUAUGGUCGAUUAGCUGACACACCUAAUAAUCAUGAUAAAGAUAUCCUUGAUGCUAUUAAAGAACAAGGUGAUGGGUUAAAACAAAUUUCUGGAGAGCGUAUUUGGUCUGAACUUAGUAAAAUAUUAGAAGGAAAUUAUGGACCUGAACUUAUGAAAACUAUAUUAAAUCUAGGCCUUGGACCUCAUAUAGGUUUACCUAAUUAUGUUGAUAUAGAUGAGUUUUCUAAAGUAACAAGUAAAACAAAACACUUAAAAUUACUUCCCAUUACUAUGUUAUCUGCUCUUUUGAAAGAUGCUCAAGAAAUGUUAACAUUGAACAAUAGAUUAAAGUUCCGGGUGUUUGAUAGAGAAUUAGGAUUGUUUUUAAUAGAGUGUAGAAAUGAUAAAUGGUCACCUGAAACUAUUAAGAAGUACAAAAUAAAAAUGAUACAGAAUGUUAGCAAACAAAAUGUAAUGAAAGAAUACGUUGAACAGAUGCUAAAAUAUUCCAAUGAGACAUCUAUCUUAAAAGAAUUUGAAAAAUGGAUUCCUCCCAAAUUCCCUAUUUCGGGUAAUAUGAUUCGGAACAAAGGUAUCAAAGAUGGAAGAACUAUUGGACGUAUUAUUCACAAGCUUAUUGAAUAUUGGGCAGAUGACGAUUUCAUGACAAGUGUUGAUGAAUUGUUGAAUUUAGUACCCAAAGCUGAAAAUGAAUCAAGUGGUUGUAAAAAUUAAUACAUAAAAUGUCUUUUCUUUCAUUUCUGUUAUAUACAUUGAAAUAUUUUUAGAAAUAUAAUGAUUAUUAUGACAUGAA